CUGCCAGCUGCGAAGGGGCUUUGCGAAAUGACCCUGAGCACCUCCCGCUCCUCGGCGGGCAGCGUUAGAGGCGUUCGCCCUCGGGGCCCUUUUCGCCCUUGCCCCGGAGGAAGUUCAGGUGCGCCGAGCCUCUCCUGCAAAGCCCGAUAACGCGAGGUGCAGGGAGAAGCCCCGUUUCCUUCCUGGUCAUCUGUUUGCUUGCAACCGUCCUGCUGCGAAACGGCUAUUUACUGCUGGUCGGUCUUCAGGCCGGCCAGCUGGAGAGGACAAACUUGCCUUCCUGCUCCACGUAAGCUCCCCGUGCCGCCCGGUUUAGUAACGGAGCAUCUCCCACCCUCUUCUCUGGUUUUCCAGGUAACUGGCCAGCUUCCCUGGGUUUUGAUGCUGAAUCAGGAUUGUUUAAACUAAAGAUGGAAACACUGGAGUCAGAAUUGACCUGCCCAAUCUGCCUGGAGUUAUUUGAAGACCCUCUAUUGCUGCCGUGUGCUCACAGCCUCUGCUUCAGCUGUGCCCAUCGCAUCCUGGUUUCCAGCUGCUCUUCCAGUGAGUCCAUUGAGCCCAUCACUGCAUUCCAGUGCCCCACGUGCCGGUAUGUCAUCUCCCUCAACCACCGAGGCUUGGAGGGCCUCAAGCGAAAUGUGACCCUGCAGAACAUCAUUGACCGCUUCCAGAAGGCGUCCCUGAGUGGCCCCAACUCCCCCAACGAGAACCGCCGAGAGCGAACUUACCGCAACAGCCCUACCAUGUCUAGUGAAAGGAUAGCCUGCCAGUUUUGUGAGCAGGAUCCGCCACGGGACGCGGUGAAGACAUGCAUCACCUGCGAGGUGUCUUACUGCGACCGCUGCCUCCGGGCCACGCACCCCAACAAGAAACCUUUCACCAGCCACCGUCUGGUGGAGCCCGUGCCCGACACGCACUUCCGAGGACUUACUUGCUUGGAGCAUGAGAACGAGAAAGUGAACAUGUACUGUGUUGCUGAUGACCAACUCAUUUGUGCCUUAUGUAAACUGGUGGGCCGCCACCGGGACCACCAAGUGGCGUCCCUCAGUGAUCGGUUUGAAAAGCUCAAGCAAACCCUGGAGACGAAUCUCACCAACCUGGUUAAACGUAACAGUGAAUUGGAAAAUCAGAUGGCCAAGCUGAUACAGAUCUGCCAGCAAGUGGAGGUGAAUACAGCCAUGCAUGAGGCCAAGCUGAUGGAGGAGUGUGAUGAGCUUAUGGAGAUCAUCCGCCAGCGCAAACAAGUCAUCGCCGUCAAGAUCAAAGAGACCAAGGUGAUGAAGCUGAGGAAGUUGGCCCAGCAGGUCGCUAACUGCCGGCAGUGUCUCGAGCGCUCAACAGUCCUCAUAAAUCAAGCAGAGCAUAUCCUGAAAGAGAAUGACCACGCGCGAUUCCUGCAGACAGCCAGGAAUGUGGCGGAGAGGGUCGCCAUGGCAACUGCAUCCUCUCAAGUUCUGAUACCCGAUAUCAAUUUUAAUGAUGCCUUUGAAAACUUUGCUUUAGAUUUUUCCAGAGAGAAGAAGCUGCUGGAGGGACUGGAUUAUCUAACAGCGCCUAACCCUCCAUCUGUUCGAGAGGAACUUUGCACCGCGUCCCAUGACACGAUUACAGUUCACUGGAUCUCGGAGGAUGAGUUCAGUGUCAGCUCCUAUGAGCUCCAGUACACCAUCUUCACUGGCCAAGCCAACUUCAUCAGUCUCUACAACUCCAUGGAUAGCUGGAUGAUUGUUCCCAACAUCAAACAGAACCACUAUACAGUCCACGGACUCCAGAGUGGCACCCGCUACAUCUUCCUUGUCAAGGCCAUAAACCAAGCUGGCAGCCGGAACAGCGAACCCGCCAGGCUCAAGACAAACAGUCAACCUUUUAAGCUGGACCCUAAGAUGGCUCACAAGAAGUUGAAAAUCUCCAAUGAUGGGCUGCAGAUGGAAAAGGAUGAGAGCUCCUUGAAGAAGAGCCACACGCCCGAGAGGUUCAGUGGGACAGGAUGCUAUGGAGCAGCAGGCAAUGUGUUCAUCGACAGCGGCUGCCAUUACUGGGAGGUGGUGGUAGGAUCCUCAACCUGGUAUGCCAUUGGUGUGGCCUACAAGUCAGCCCCCAAAAACGAGUGGAUCGGGAAGAACUCCUCGUCCUGGGUCUUCUCCCGCUGCAAUAACAACUUUGUAGUAAGACACAACAACAAAGAGAUGCUGGUGGAGGUCCAUCCUCAGAUGAAACGUCUUGGCGUACUCCUGGAUUAUGACAACAACACGCUGUCCUUCUAUGACCCAGCCAACUCCCUCCACCUCCACACGUUUGAAGUUUCCUUCAUCCUACCAGUGUGUCCAACAUUCACCAUCUGGAACAAAUCUUUGAUGAUCCUCUCGGGUCUACCUGCCCCAGACUUCAUAGAUUACCCAGAGCAACAGGAGUGUAACUGCAGGCCCCAGGAAUCCCCGUAUGUAUCAGGGAUGAAAGCCUGUCACUAGGCUGUGGCCAGCCCUACCUGUGCCCUGCAGUGGCACACAGGGAUGCUGACGGAUGUUAGUAGUUGGCAGCUGGGAGCUUCCAGACACCAGACAACAAGGCUGGAGAGCAGCCUAUGCAACCAGCUCAGUAAUGCUCAAGCAAGCAAGUGCCCUCCCACACAAAGCUCUUUUCUUUCUUUUUCUUUCUUUUUUUUUUAAGGUUUAAAGGGGAAAAAGAAAGAACCUUUAACUGCAGUUGAAAAUAAACUUCUGUUGACAAGCUCCAUUUCUGUGUGAAUGAAGCUUGUGAAACUCUUUUGCGGUAUGAUUGAAUCUAUCUCAAAGCAGAUUGUCAUGUGGAUUGUUUUGUUUUUAUUUUGGGGCUGGAAGGGCUGGAGAGAGUUUUUGGAUGACCUUCUCAGGCACUGGUAUGGUCAGAGAGCUGGCUCCACUCAUCUCUCUGAGAGAUGCAGAUGGAGCAGGAGGGACCAGCUUCCUGGAGCCCUAUCCUAGCUGUCUCAAGAGCCAACUGGGAACUAAGCACCAUUUUCUGGUGAGAGUCUUCUGUUUGGCAGCUUCUCUGGUAUGAUAGAUAAUGCAUGAACCUCUCUCACCUGGAGAGGCAGCCAGAUCUGAAACACUGAAGUUGUUUAUGUGGUAAAUGGUUUGUGAGAGUGAAGUCAGCUCUGAGAAGGACUGUCCUGUUGCUUCGCCCAGGCACAUGCAUGCUGCUGUUGGCUGUGUUUCUACAACUCCUUGAGCUUAGAUUUGUAGUCCUGCUCUGGAAGGAAGUUGGAUCCAUUCUCUCCAACCCUACCAUUCUUGUUUCUCUGGGAAGUCACAUUUCACGAGUCAAGGAGGCCCACAGCAAGUGAAAUGGAGCAAACUGAGGCACAUCAUACCCCCAUCACAGACAUUUGGCAGAUAGUCCUUCCUAACUCUGAGAUAUGUCCAGCUGUGAACCGACACAUGGCUGCCUGCUGGCUGUACUGGGGGACGUGUGCCCCACAGCCCUGUUCAGGUGAGCUUAAAUCUCCAUUAGUGUCCGGUGCCUUGCAGAAAAAGUAUGUAUCCUUGUGCUGAGUAGCAGAGGAAGUCAUGCCCAAAGAUGGUUUUCAAAACUUACAAUCCAAAGCCAAGCUGCUGCCUCUGCACUGAGGCCCAGUGCACUUUCUGACCUGCAGCUUGAGCUGAUGUGGGGCAUGAAUGAAGGUGGUUUUGAGGGAGGAGAGGUCACGUCCUAGUGGCAGUGUGUCACUCAGACAUGCUCUCUGUUCACUCUUAGUUCAUUUCAUGUUGCUCAUGUGAGCAUGGAGCUGUUCCGUUUGCUCCAGGGUCGUGCCGUGUGGCAGACAGCUGAAUCUGACCCAGAGAACUCAGCUCAGCGAGUUCCUUGGGUGCCACCAGUGCUCCCAGUAAACCUCUUCCAGUAACCAGAAAGAACCAAAUCCCCUGGCCAAGCCUCAUUUCCGCAUUGGCCUAAAAGCCAUAGCUGUGCAAAGGGCAUCAGUUUGUGCAUUGUGGGAAGCUCCUGGGAGCAAAGGUCCAGCACAGAUGUCUGCAGACAGGGUCUUUGGUGUGACUUGGGCCAGGCAUGUUCUGGCAGCUCAAUGUGCCAGGGAGCUGGGGCCUGCAGGAAGCACAGUGGCCAGGGAGGGACUGGGAGCGAGCCAACACAGGAUGUGCCGGUGGUCUGCACUCUGGGCCUGUGUUAGGAUCAGUCCAUGAGGUUUGAAAUCUGCUGUUGUCCUCUGGAUGUUGUGCUGUGGAAAUUGUUUGAAAAUUGUUGCCCAUCCUCAGCCCUCUUCUCCCAGAAAAAUCUUGAGUUGUUGGUGCAGCCAGGCCCUGAAUGGCAGAGCUCCGAUUUUUCUCUGCACUACCGUGCCAGGAUGUCUCGAUAGUAUGGCUUGAGGACAGUGGUCCGACCCUCAUCCCACAGCCGCUACAGUUUGUGGGUGACAGUGGCAGGUGCCGUCCCACUGUUGAGCCUCCGUCAGGGCGCAGUGUGCACCUGAACCCUCAAGUGAUGGUGAAGGAGGGCCCCAGCCAGGACAGUGCACAAGGCAAGAUGCCGAGCCAGGUGGUGAGAGUGCCAGGACUGCAGCAAUCUGUGUCAAGGGAUACUUCUCAUUAAGUCUGAAUUGCUCUCAGCAGCUGGAUGAUAGCUAUGUACAAGGAAGGCAUACAUAAAAAGAGCCUGUUCCUCAGCGCAGCACCCUUCACUUUGUGUGGGUGACAUCUGUGGUGCCGGCUUGCCUAAUGAGCGAGUUGUGGAGAGGGAGGAGCAUUUCACAUGUGGAAGAGUGAUUUGCCACAUGUACUGGCAGUUGGAGAGGUGUUUUCCUCUCUGAUCUGGGCUGCUUUCCCUGCUUUUGGAGGGAAACACAAUUAAUGUAAGAUGACAAAUUGCCAUUUCUGGCUGUAUGUUUUUCAAAGCCAUGUGGGGUUAUCACUAAAUUGUUCUCCCCAUGUGCUGGGCCCAGUGGGAGCUGCUUGCAAUGGAUCAACCUCAAAGAAAUACCCAUGUGCUGGAGAUGGAUUUUAGCAUUUGCAAUCCAGGUGCCAAGCUUUCUGCCUGCACUGGCACUGUUUUAGCUUAUUGCUAGAGGACUCAGCUCAUCCAUUAACUCAGAGCACACAAGCCAUUAAUGUGACAUUUGCACCUGAUGAAAUUGCACUAAUUGCAGUGGGAUCCCUGUACCCCGCCGCAUAUGUCUCAUACCCAUGUCAGGCAGGAAGAAGAAGCAGAGAGCUUGUAUGGUUGAGUGCCGAGGGGAGCCCCAGCAUCCUGAGCAGACAGUUCUGGAGUUAGGAGCAAUUUCCAUGUCACCUGCAUUUUUCUCUCCUGAUUUGGGAAAAGCAAAACCUGCCCGGGAAUUAUCUGGGAGGGAGGGAUGAGUAGCUCCCAGUCCUUGCUCAUGUAAAUGUAAAUGGCUCUGUUUUAGGCCAUACUCCCCUGCAGCCUUGUGGCCUCAGUCCAUUAGCCAGCAAUUCCAUUGGUUAAAACUGCCUGGUGUAUGAUGACACAGCAGCCAUUUCAGCCAAUUCGAGCCCCUGUGGGCUCUGCCGCCCAUCCUAAUGAAUGAACAUUUCCUGAGGUCUCUGCAGAGGGGCAGGACCAUGGGGCAGAGGGGACCAGUGGUGGUGGGUCUAGCCCUCGAUGGAGGCCAUGUGACCACCAUGGUUCUGCCUGCUGCAGGGCUCGGUGCUGCUGGUUGUUCGUCUCAUAGUAACUCCAUUGUAUAGACUUGGGAUGUGGUGAAAUUCUGGUUACCGUGCAACCUGUCAUAUUCUUCUCUUCCAUAUGCAACAUAUUUGUUUUGUUUUCAUUUUGGGGAGGGGGGUUGCUUCUCCUUUUAUGUUUUUCCUUUUUGUUUUGGGGGUGUUUUUUGCAACUUCUUUGUUAAUGUGUAUAUAUAUAUAAAUAUAAUAUAAUAUAUAUACGUUACUGGA